AUGGCUAACCCUUCAUUAGCGUCCGAUCCAGGAUUCAACCCCAUCCUCCUCGCUCUCCCCUCUCUCACUCCGAGUCUUGCACUCGAGGUCCUUCCGUAUGGCGUGACGCUCCAUAGGCUUUACGUGCAAGCGGAUGGAAAGACGCAUGACAUCCUCAUUGGCCCUGAAGCACCUGCGGAGCACCUCACACAGAAGUAUACCAACACCAUCAUCGGUCGUUAUGCCAACCGAGUUCCCUCAGGCACACAUACGUUCUCCCGCAAUGGCUUCACGGCAACACUCAACGCGAAACACAACGAGAGUCCCGACGUCUCCCUUCACGGCGGCAUCACUGGCUACGAUCUCGUGCCCUGGGAACCUCUCAUAGACCCGUAUUCUGCCAAGUUGUUCACUCAGGCCGAAAUCCAAACUAUCCAGUCUGAGAUCCCGGCAUCGUGCAUAUUCACGCGUGUUUCUCCCGAUGGUGAGGAAGGCUAUCCCGGUAAGCUCCUCGUCGAGGUCCUCGUCGGUCUCUUGCAGCCACAGAGCCCGCCCACCAAGGAGGACACUGAGUACAACCUCGGGAGCGUCUUGCUGAACUACCGCGCGAAGCUGUUGGAUGCAAAUACGGUCACGCCCAUCAAUCUCACACAGCACUGGGGCUUCAACCUCGACGCAUCGCUCCAGGAAGGGCUCAGUGUGAAGGACCACAAGCUCGUUAUCAAGGCCAACAACACUGUCGCACUCCAGAACAACUUCCUCUCUACCGGUGUCCUCUCUCCUGUCAAGGGCACGCAGCACGCACACUCGGACAAGUCCACGGGUAAGAUCGGCGAGAACUGGCCCGAGCGCGGAUACGACGAAUUCUACGUCUUCGCACCUCGCCUGACGCCCGCGCCGACACGCGUGGCUGAGAGCGAGUUGAAGUCAUCGGUCGAUCUCGUCAAGGCGGCGAUCGACGCCAGCGCGCCCGGGCGUGAUUCCGUGGUUGAGCUCGAGAGCGAUCGCAGCGGCCUGCGUCUUGCGUUCGACACCAACCAGUCCGGCGUACAGUUCUACACGAACAACGGUAGCGACCCUUCGAAGACCGCACGGAAGAAGAUCCACGGCGGGUCGGGCAGUAAAGGCGACGGAUACGAUGCUGGAUCUGCAGCAUUCCUCGAGUUCCACGAGCCGCUCGCGGCGUGGCUGCACCCCGAGACGCAGGGAUCGUCAGGCAGCGACACGCUACUGGCGUCGGGCGAGAUCUACAACAACUUUGUGCGUAUGGACGUAUGGUACAAGAGCCCGACGCCGCUCUAG